AAGUAAACAUGGAGAUAAUACGAGCUCCUUACAAGAGGACUAGAGUGAUAGCUUCACAGGGAGAAGAGUUGGAGCAACACAUCGUUACUCCUGGUGACGUCAUAACACAGAAUCUGGAUUUUAUGAAGUCUCACGGAACUGCUCCGAGUCACGAUCACAUCUGUGCUACAGUUGCUGGUGCUGUAUACAAGACUGCAAAGUGCAAUGUAAGAGGUGUAUUAACAAUAUUCAGACUAAAGCACCUCCUGAGGAAGCUGACACCACCUGCUCGGUGGCACAGUGGAAUCACACUACAAGUAAACACAAAAUAAAGGACUUUGCUUUACACUCAGCCUGGGAUACAGCCGUCUCCUUCGUCUUUUAUCAGCGAUCUCACGAGAAAAACUGAUGUUUUAUUUUAUACGUUAAUUUAUAAUUGUUGUUGAUAAUUAAUUGUAUUUUGUUGAGCCUUCAGUUGUUUGCCUCGUUAUUAGUAUGACUUAUUAUUAGUAUGACGUUAUUAGUAUGACUUGAAAUAUUUUAUCAAGUUGUUUUUAACAAUUAUUAAAUUCAUAGAUCAUACUGCUGACUAAAGAUAUUAAUUAUUAUCGCUGACUUAAUAGAACCAAUCAACCAAUGUUAAAUGUCUUUGUUGGCAUCAAAUUGUUUGAUGAACUUAUUCCGGAGUGACAUCAUUAAUGAGUUCUAAACCAAAAUAUUUGAUAUUAUUUAAUUGUAAAUAUUGACCUCAGAACUCAGAAGACUGAAUUUCAGAUGCAAUUUCGUUGAAUAACCUGGCAAUUAUUUGAAGUAAUAUCAUGUAUUU